UAUCCACCAUAUAAACUAAACAACAGGUGCUUACGCGAGUGUGAUCCACACUCCACUUCGGACUAGAGUCCAUAGAUCAGAGAGAUUCAAGAACAAGAAUAACCGACGACCAAUGGCGACGGAAACGCCGCCGAUACACCCCUUCGUGGCACCGUUAUCGUAUCUAUUGGGAACAUGGAGAGGGCAAGGCGAAGGUGAAUAUCCAACGAUACCUUCCUUCCGCUACGGCGAAGAGAUCCGUUUCUCACAUUCCGGCAAGCCGGUGAUAGCUUACACCCAGAAGACAUGGAAGUUGGAAACAGGAGACCCGAUGCACGCAGAGAGCGGUUACUUUCGUCCGAAGCCAGACGGUUCCAUUGAAGUCGUUAUAGCUCAGAGCUCAGGUCUCGUCGAGGUCCAGAAAGGAGCUUACAAUGUCGAUAAGCAAACGAUAACACUCAAGAGUGAGCUUAUUGGAAACGCAUCCAAGGUGAAGGAGACAAGCAGAGGAUUUGAAUUGGUUGAUGGGAAGCUAUCCUACGUGGUUCAUAUGAGUACAACCACUAAUCAUCUUCAACCUCAUCUCAAAGCCACUCUCGAAAAGCUUUGAACCCCCUGCUAUUCUUCUCACAAACGAACUUACGCUUGUUGCUGAUUCUGUUCUAUCGCAACCACCGUUUUACCAACCAUUUUGAUUUGAUACUCUUUUUUGUGAGCUUAACGGGCCUUUCUAAAUAUCAGUUGAUAGGCCCAUUAAGCAUAAACUGAUUCUAAUGUAUUUCGUUAAGCCCAUAUGAUUAUACUUUUCUCUCUGCGCUUUUUUUA